AGAAAAGUUGAAUUAUUACAAAACCCCCUCGCUUGGUGAGCUAAAAAAAACGAAAAAACGCCACCUACUGGAGCAGACAAAUGUUUUGCUCAGUUAUCCCUCUCGCUUCGCCUCUUCCUCUCUGGUUUAGUUUGACAACAUAAAAUCGAAUCAUAACCCGGACAGAUAUCUCUAAAUUCGUUAUCGCUUUACUCACUUGCGGAUAUGACAUUACUAUGUCUGACUAUGGACAUAAUAUUUUGAUAGACAUUUGUCCAACGAGGUAGAGGCUAGUCUGAUGAGGGGGCUCUCCAGAGAGGUAGAAUGCAACAGAAGAGGAACAUCCAGAUCAUUGAAUGGGAGGACCUGGACAAGAGGAAGUUCUACUCCUUCGGGGUAUUCAUGACCAUGACCAUCCGGGCCACCGUCUAUCCGGCCACCCUCAUCCGCACCAGACUGCAAGUGCAGAAGGGCAAGUCGCUCUACAACGGGACCUUCGAUGCCUUCUUCAAGAUCCUGCGGACCGAGGGCGUGCGGGGCCUCUACCGUGGCUUCAUGGUCAACACCUUCACCCUCAUAUCGGGCCAGGCUUACAUCACCACCUACGAGCUGGUGAGGAAAUAUGUCUCCAACUAUUCCAAGGACAAUACCGUCAAGUCUCUGGUGGCGGGUGGCACGGCGUCCCUGGUCGCCCAAACCAUCACUGUCCCCAUAGACGUGAUUUCCCAACAGCUGAUGAUGCAAGGCCAAGGGAAGCACCUGACUCGCUUCCGGGUCAAGCUGAAAACGGAGGCCGACGGGAAGACCAAAAUGGCGUUUGGCCAAACCAGGAACAUGAUUGCUCAGAUCUUUGCGGCCGACGGCUUCCGAGGCUUCUACAGGGGAUAUGUGGCCUCCCUUCUAACAUACAUCCCAAAUAGUGCGGUCUGGUGGCCUUUUUAUCACUUUUACGCAGAACAGCUAUCCAAAAUGGCGCCCAGUGACUGCCCUCAUCUACUACUCCAAGCCAUGGCCGGACCACUAGCUGCUGCGACUGCAUCCACUGUCACCAACCCCAUGGAUGUGGUCAGAGCUAGAGUGCAGGUUGAAGGCAGGACCUCCGUCAUCGAGACGUUCAAACACCUGCUGGCAGAGGAGGGAUUCUGGGGGAUGACCAAAGGGCUGUCUGCACGCAUCAUAUCCUCCAUUCCCACCGCCAUCGUUAUGGUCGUGGGCUACGAAACCCUCAAGAGAGUGAGCUUGCGACCGGAGCUGGUCGACUCUAGACACUGGUAGAGGACAUUAGCACCCAAUCCCAAACCCACCCCUAACCCAUACCCUCUAUGCCCUGGUGAGGGGAUUAGGGGAUAGGUGUUAACAAUAUGGUAAUAGCUACACAUUUCCCACUUGAAUUUUCACCACAUUAUAUAUACAAUCAUAGGGGGUAAGGGACACGGAUUGAUUUGGGAUUGGACAUUGUUGCUGUGGCCCUGGUUCCAAUUCGGCCUCUUGACCUCCCCUGACCUCACCACUGCAUAGGUGAUAGCAAUAGAGCACAAUAUUGGCCCAGGGACUGAAAUGGAACUGGGCCAAUAAGAUCUGCCUGCUCCUAUUCCUUAAUGGCUUCCUUGUCCUAAUUAUUUUGUUUGCCUUUUAAACUACUGUUGCCUUUUAGUGUGAAUUGGUGGGGAUUUUUAUCUUAUGUUGUGAGUGAAUGAAGGAACAGUAGUUUGAGAUUUGAUGUCAUUAGAAUGUGUAAUUUGUGACUGGUACACCCUCAUGUUGGUUCUAGUGCCGAGCGAUUAACCGAAAUGUCGGUUAUUUUUCGUUUUUUAAACAACUAAUUGAUCGAUGUCUGUUCAAUUAUUUGAAUUCCAUUUUGUUCGUUUUUGUCUGAGCGCUAUAUGCAGUUUCUCUAGAGAUAAAUCAGAUCAAGCCCAAACUGUGCGAUUUUGCAGUAUCCAACAGGCCAAUAUUCUACAUAGUUUAGCGCAGAAAACAUGGUAAUUAACUACAGUGACCAUAAUCCAUUGCGC